GGCAAGCUUAUUGUGUGACACUGCUGUUCUGCUCACAGGUCCCCGCUGGAUUGCUGUACCAGGAGAACUUCGGGGGUAUGAAGCAGCCCAUAAGCGAUACGGCCGCUUACCAUGGAAAGCCCUGUUUGAACCAACUAUCAAGGUUCUUUCAGAGCCACUUGUCAUUUCCCCAGUUAUGGAGAAAAUUAUUCAUCACCCAGCAUUUGCCAGUCCAGGAAAAAGCCUGUGCCCGCUACUUUGUGAUGGUCAGAGGUUUUUGAAGCGUGGAGAGACUUUCAGGUGGCCAGCGCUGCAGCAAACAUUGAAGGCUGUAGCAGAAAACGGAGCUACAGCAUUUUAUGAGGGACAGAUAGGAAAGGCCCUGGUGGAGGACAUUAGGAAAGCUGGGUCCAAUAUUUCGCUAGAGGACCUUCAGGCAUACAAAGCAGAGGUGUCCUCAGCUCUGAAUAUUACCCUGAACAAUCACACCACAGUGUUUUCUCCUGGACCACCCAUGGGAGGUGCUGUGCUCAUGUUCAUCCUCAAGAUACUGGAAGAGUAUAAACUCCAUGAAGCAUCACUGGCAACGCCCGAGGAGAGGGUGGAAACCUAUCACCGCAUCGCAGAGGCCUUGAAGUUUGGCAAUAUGCUAAAACCCACCAUGCGUGACCCAGCCUUUUCUGAAGCUCAGGAGACUGUGGGGCCCAUGCUGUCUGACGAGCUUGCUGAGCUUGCCAGACACCGAAUAGAUGCCCGUGGUGACCACCCACUCGCCCAUUACAACUUGCUGGAGCCCAUCUACAGCCACAGAUACAAAAGUAAGGGCACGAGUCACGUCUCUGUCCUUGCUGCGGAUGGCAGUGCCGUGUCCGCCACCAGCACCAUCAACUACCCGUUUGGCUCUUUUGUGUAUUCAAACCGAACUGGGAUCAUUCUGAACAAUGAACUUGCUGAUUUCUGCAUAGCAAACAGAAGCAUUCAUCCAGGAGAGAAGCCUCCCUCAGCAAUGGUGCCUUCCAUUCUCAUCUCCAAGACAGGAGACAUGCUGGUGAUUGGAGGAGCAGGUGGAGCCUGGAUUAUCAGUGCUACUAGUAUGGCGAUUAUAAACAAGCUGUGGUUUGGCUACGACUUGGAACAUGCCAUUUCAGCUCCCACCAUACAUACGGAAGGUGACAGUAUCCUGUUUGAGGACAGUUUCAGUGAGGAGGUUAGAAGAGGCCUGCUGGGAAGAGGACAUAAAGAAAAAAAAGUUAAGUUUGCAAUGAAUGUUGUGCAGGGAAUUUCCAAAGAAGGAAAAUGCAUCUCUGCUUACUCUGAUAAAAGGAAGCUGGGGAAGUCAGCUGGAUAUUAG